AUGUCAUCAACAAUAAAUUCAACAAAAAAUCGUUUUUCACCAACAAAAAUGUUACAAAAAAAAACUGGCAGUGAAUCUCCACCUUCUCAUUUAGCAUUAACAUCACCACCACCAAUAAAACACUGGUGUCAAACAUGUCAUGAAACAAUAUUAUCAUCAAAUGGUAAUAAUCAAUCCAUUCAAUUAAACUUAUCAGGUGGUGCUGAUAAUGGUCAAUUCGUUUAUUUUAAUGAACCAAUAUCAUUACUAAAAAAUAAUCAAACAUCAUUUAUUAUACUCAAAGGUGGUAAAAUUGAUUUAGAGGAAAUUAUACUUGAAAUCGAUCAACAUAAAGUUGCUGGUUGUACAUUAGCUGAUGUUAAAUUACUUGUUGAAACACUUUCUAUUAAUGGAAAACAAAUUAAAUUGAAAACUGUCAAAUCGGGUUUAACCAAAGAUCUUCGUCAAUUUCUUGAUGCUCGUUUUCAAAAAGGUUCAAUUGAUCAUGACCUUCAACAAACAAUACGCGACAAUCUUUAUAUGCGAACAGUUCCUUGCACAACUCGCCCACCACGACCAGGUGAAAUAAAUGGACAAGAUUAUACAUUCUUAAGCACAAAAGAUUUUCGUGCGUUAGAAAAAAGUGGUAAUCUGCUUGAGAGUGGUGUCUAUAAAGGACAUUAUUACGGAACUCCACGUCCCCCAAAAGAAGCUCUUUUAACAAACGGACAACAUCAAUAUCUUUCUUCAACUUCAAAUAAUCCUCUUUUGCGACGUAGUAAUUCAGCUAAUGAAAUGUUUCAACAACAGCGUACAGCUGAUAAUGGAAUAGACAAUAAUGGUAUGCAUUAUCAAUAUCCAAAUAAUGAUCCGGAAUUUUUCGCUGGUCAUAGCCCUAAUGAUCAAAUAUUUCAUCAAUCGAAUGGUGAAAAUCAAGCAGCAACAACACGAUCGAUGAUGAAUGGAAGUUUGACUUCAUCAGCACCACAUUUAUCAGGUGAAUUAAUAUCAUGUUCAUUACAAAAAAGUCAAAAUGGUUUUGGUUUUACAAUAAUUGGUGGUAAUGAAAAAGGUGAACAUUUUCUUCAAAUAAAAGAUAUUUUACCCGAUGGACCAGCAUCACGUGAUGGAAAACUUCGUCGAGGUGAUAUUCUUGUUUAUGUUAAUGAUACCAAUGUUUUGGGUUUUAGUCAUACAGAUGUUGUUCGUAUAUUUCAAUCUUUAUCAAUUAAUGAUAUUAUUCGUUUAACUGUUUGUCGUGGUUAUCCACUUGUUGUUAAUUUUGAUGAUCCACAAAUUGAUGUUGUUUCAUUAAAUGGUGUUCAUAAUUCUUUAUCAAUUAAUAAUCUACCUAAUGGUGGAUAUACAGAAUAUCAACCAGAUUCUUAUCAUCAUAAUUCGUCUCGCAUUUAUACAAUUAAAAUUCGAAAAGGUGAUAAUGGUUUUGGUUUUACUGUAGCUGAUAGUCCAUUAGGACAACGAGUUAAAGCUAUUGUUGAUAAACAACGUUGUCAAGAUCUAUGUGAAAAUGAUUUAUUAUUAUCGAUUAAUGGACAAGACUUAAUUGGGAAACAACAUGCUGAUGUUGUUGAUAUACUUGUGAAAUGUUCAAAAGAUGUUGAAACAAUAUUUGUUAUAAGACGAGGUGAUCCGGACGUCAAUAAUAAUAAUAAUCAUAAUAAUAAUAAUAAUAACAAUAAUAAUAAUAAUCCAUUUGUGUUAAAUGGUACCAAUCGUUUUGAUAAACACAAUCAGGAAAAUGAUCAACUUGAUACUCGAUAUCCAUCAUCAAAACUAAAUGACAAACCUCGUAGUAAAACUCCAACACCAUUUGGUUCAACACCAUUAGCUGAUACAUUACCAUUACGUUCUCGAACACCAUUACCAACAACAACAAUAACAACAAAUAAUCAUCAACUAACACAUUCAACAACAACUGAUAAUAAUAAUCCAUACGAUAAUAAUUUAAGUUUUCUUCUACCAAAUAGUGUUGAUACAUCAACACCAAUUAUUGAAACAGAAUUAUCUCCAAAUUCAAUGAAUACAUUUAAUCGUCAAACAGCUUGGUCACGUAGUGCACGUGACAUACGAACAACAACAACAGCAACAUCAACAACAAAUGGAAAUUGUUCUAUAUUACGAAGUAAAACUCCCGGACCAGAGUUUGGUACAACAAUAUCAUCAUCAUAUCGUGCAAAUACAUUAAUGGGAAUGAAACAACGAAGUAAAACACCAACAGCUAAUGAUUUUUCAUCAAAUAAUUUACAUAAUAGUCGAUCAUUGCAAUCUGUUCAUCCACAAUAUUUCGAAUUAGUUGUUAAUUUAACAAUAUUACGUCCAAAUGACGGUUUUGGUUUAAGAAUUGUUGGUGGUGAAGAAGAAAAAUCUCAAGUAUCUGUUGGUCGUAUUGUUCCUAAUUCACCAGCAUAUAUUGAUGGUCGUCUUCGUAAAGGUGACGAAAUCAUUAAAAUUGAUGGUCAUUCAACCAUACGUGCAUCACAUGAAAGAGUUGUUCAAUUAAUGCAACAAGCAAAAGAAAAUCAACGUGUCAGUUUAAUUGUUCGUCGUCAUUUAUAUCCAAAUAAUAAUCAAUUAUCAAAUCAAUAUAAUCAAACAGAUAUUGAUGCAUAUUUGCCAAAUGAUUUUCGUGCAAAUUCAUCAAAUGAUACUGGAAUACGUUAUGUUACAUUACAAAAAAUGAAUGAUAAUCAAAGUUUUGGUUUUGUUAUUAUAUCAUCACAAAACAAGGCCGGUGCUACAGUUGGCAAAAUAAUUCCAAAUAGUCCAGCUGAUCAGUGUGGCCAACUUCAUAUUAAUGAUCGUAUCUUAGCUGUAAAUGGUGUUGAUUUAACUCAUAUGUUACAUACAGAUGUUGUUAAUCUAAUAAAAGAUUCUGGUCGAACAAUAACACUCAAAAUCGGCCCACCUAUUCUUUAUGAUGAUCGAUCUCAGGAAAUUUCAAAUCCAUUUUCAACUGUGUCUAAUAAUAAUCUACCGAAUGGUAUUCGACCGUCAUCGUCAUCACCAAUGGUUAUUGCUAAUGGUACUCAUCAUUCAUUAUCGAAUAAUACAUAUCAUUCAAUGAAUAAUGGAAAUCAUUCAAUAAGAAAUGCAUUUUCACAUAAUCCAUUGAAUAUUCUUGAAAGAAAUCAAAAUCGUCCACCGUCAAGAGGAAAUGGUGUUUUAAAGUCUUCAUCAUCAUCGGAUGAUUAUUUUACUGUUGAUCUUCAACGUCCAUAUCCAACUUCAAGUUUUGGAUUUAGUAUUCGUGGUGGACGAGAAUUUUCUAUUCCAUUAUUUAUAUUAAAACUAGCUGAUAAUGGUCCAGCUGCACGAGAUGGCCGAAUGAAAUCCGGCGAUCAAAUUAUUGAAAUCAAUGGUCGUUCAACGUAUGGUAUGACUCAUAACGAAGCAAUAUCAUUAAUUCGGGAUGGUGGACUUUAUGUUCGAUUACUAUUAAGGAAAACAAAUGCACCACCACCAAGUCUUGAUGAAGUAAAAACAGCAAUGGCACCAAUGGGACAUGGUAUAGACUAUUAUAAUCCAGGUCUAAGUAGCCAUUGGCAACCAAGUGGUUACACAUAA